AUGGUUCGUCGACGACUCAACAAACAAAGCACAUACACAAGCCCUGUCGAUGAUAUAUCGUUGUCAGCCUCGAGAGUGAAAAGAGAAAGUGAACAAGAAGCUGACACAGGGAAUGAAACUGCGCGUUCUGUUUCAUCUUCAUCAUCAUCAUCAUCAUCAUCACCCAAUUGGAUAAUCUUAGCCAUUGCAAGCGGAUUAUUCGCCGCGACGAAUGGAUUAUUUGCGAAGUUAACAACAACCUCCCUCACAUCCGCCUUCUCCCAAACUCUCACUCGUCUCCUCAACCUCCCGCCCUCCUCAGAGGCAUUAGCGGAGUAUGUAACCCGCGCUCUCUCCUUCGCCCUGAAUCUCCUUUCCAACGGGAUGAUGUGGGCACUAUUCACGCGGGCCCUCACCGCGUCAGCAUCUAGUACAAAAGUUGCAAUUACGAAUACGACGGCGAACUUUUUGCUUACGGCGUUGUUGGGGAUGGCAGUUUUUGGCGAGAAGGUGGAUGCGUUGUGGUGGGUGGGAGCUGCUUUGAUGGCUGGGGGUUGUGUUAUUGUGGGGAUGAGGGAGGGGGAGGGGGAGGGGAGAAAGUAA